CGCUCAGGUGCUCACUUGGAAAUAAUUUUUCCUGACGCUGCUGUCUUUCACAAGUGUCAGCAAGCUUUUGUGUGUGUCAGCGUACUGUGUCAGCCCCUUACCUUCCUUCGUUAUGUGCAUGUGUGGCAAAUGACACGUCUUAACAUUCUUUUCUUCUCCUCUUUUGCAGAGCUCAACUCCCUGGGCCUGGGCUUCGAGGUGCUCCCGCCAAUGUGCACCAUCACAAUGAAAGAACAAAACACGACCAUUCCCUGCAAACCAAUCGAGACUGAGCACGGAGUGGCUAAUGUUACAUGGGUCAAAGAAACAAAUAAUGUCGAUGACGCCCGCCGCUACGUGCUGCCCAAUGGGACGCUCUUCAUCAGUAAUGUGGAGGAGAAUGACAGGGGAAGCUACCGCUGCAUCCUCACAUCAGGCAACUACAGCGUCACCUCAGCCUUCGCUUACUUGAUGUUUGCAGGCACAGGGGUGUGGCAGAUAAAGCCGAGGAACAACACGGUGGAGGAAGGUCGUGCUGUCCGUCUAACUUGCCACAUGGCCUCCUUACCCGUGGCCUCCUACAUCUGGCUCAAAGACGAUGCCCCACUGCCGGUAAACAAAUCCAGGUACUACCAGCCCAAGCCCGGGGUGCUGCAGAUCACUAACGUGCAGCCUCAGGACCAAGGCAUGUUCAGGUGUAAAGCAAUCAAUGACAUGCUCAAUGAGGAGUUUCUGAGCAACUGGGGCUACCUCACUGUGGUCCCUCGCAAGAAUGAAGAGGGGCACCUUUUCCAGCACUCGCUCCUCGCCGUGCCAUCCAAGGUGGAGGUUCACAAAGGGGAGGAGGCGGUGCUGGAAUGUAUCACUGACGACGAGGAGCCUGACCUUCACUGGACGAGGAUAGAUGAGACUCCCAUCGCGAAAAACAGGACAAUUAGAAAAGGUCAAGGGUCCCUAGUAUUUCCCAGCGUCUCGGAACAAGACACCGGCGUCUACAAUUGCACCGCCGUGAGCAAGAAGAGCAGGGACCCGAUCAGUACUCAGAUGAUCGAGUUCACUAUGAUGACGCCGCCGAAGGUUCAGCUCUCCAUGAGCGUCAGCAAGCGCCCCGUUCCACUCAACACCAACGUCAGCAACGGAGAGACAGUGCGGAUCACCUGCGCCACGUGGGGCACACCUGCACCCUCCAUCUCCUGGUACAAGAAUGGAAUCCUGCACGUGGAGACUGGCCGCCACAAAUUCACCAAUAAAAAUUCAACCAAAACCUUCAACUCGGAGGACUUGUUCAUUGGCAUCAUUAUGUCCACAGACACAGGCCUUUACCAGUGUGUGACCAGGAACAGGGCAGGUGUGGCCUCCGAUGCUUUCAUCCUUAACAUUCCCAUGGUGGCAAAUUUACCCUUGCCUCCCGUCAACGUGAGUGCAGUGGCGAUCGAUCACGAAAGUGUGAACGUGAGCUGGAUGCCCUCACCUGAUAAUGUAUCCGGAUACAUCAUCAACUUUAUAACAGAUAAGCAAGUUCAGGAGUUGCAGUCCCUCACCAACCAGACUUUCGCUUCGGUCAACAAGCUGCUGCCGGGUCACACCUACAUCUUCUACAUCAGGUCCUUCCUUAUCAGUGAUGGCUCGAAAAAAGGGCUGUUCAGUGAGGCUUCGAAUUAUAUCACCAUCAAGUUGAAAGAGGAGGUUGACAACACAGAUAAAAUCCGAAUGCCGGUGGUGACGCUAUACCCUAAAUCGCCCACCGAACUGUACGCGAACUGGACCCUCGUGGAGUGCAAGACCAAAUGCCCCAUCAUGCAGCAGAACAUUCAGUGGAAGAGGAAAAGAAAACACUACCAUCUGGAGGAGUUCUUGCAGCCAAACGUCACGGAGUACACCAUUAAUAAUCUGCAGCCAAACAAAUCUUACAAAGUGAGAGUCCUGUUGGCUACCAGUGCUGGCUACCCAGAACACAUGAUUCGGCUGCCCUGGUACACCGUCAGGAUGCCACGUAGCAGCUCUGACUUGCCACGGGAUAAUGUCUUCCUCAUCGUUCAUCUCUCCACUUGCAGCCAGAGGCCCACCGAGGUCUUGGUAAAUUGGACGCUGGACGCCUCACUGCAGAAGGAUCUUGCCAAUUAUCAUGUGUUGUAUAACACCUCCACCUCUGUCUGGCAAAAAGAACUCCCAACGACCGAAACUUCCCUAACACUCACAGAUCUAGUUCCGAGGACGUGUUACGGCGUGAAGGUCCGAGCCACCUACAGCACCGGGCGAAACAGCACCGAGUCUUACCUGAAGACCAUCUGCACACUGCCACAGCCUCCCCACAUCCUCUCCCAACACUCCAACACCAACAGGAUCAAAGUGAAAAAGCUCAGGACCAAGGUGCUGAACACUACCAGCGUGCGCAUCACCUGGAAACACACGCCGCGGAAGAUCCAGGUCGACUUCUACACCAUUAGGGUCGAGAACGUUGAAUCAGACCCGAACAGCCAAACGGAAACACCCGAAGACAAGCGGAGUGAGGUGAAGGGGACGCAUUUGGAGGCCGCGGGAAGAGGUCCUCGCAGCCCACAGCCGACGAAAUACGAAGAUUUCCGAGACACGGACCAUGAGGUCAAGCUGUACCGAGUCACCAACCGGAAGCUGACGGUGACGAGCCUGAAGCAGGACCACAACUACAAGGUCACCGUCACGGCCUCCACCACCACCCUCACAGGUCACUCCGCCACCACCUACGUCACUCCAGAUGAAGGAGUUCCCACGGCGCCGCUGAACGUGACGUGGGUUCCUGCAAGCCCGAAAGAUGCCGUUCUCACCUGGAGCCCUCCACGCCUCAUCAACGGUCGUUUAGUGCACUACCUGGUGAAAUUUUCUCACGAUCAGCAAGAGUGGCGCAACCAGACCGUCCCUCCUGACUCCACCACCACUCAGAUCCAGGACUUGGUCUCCAAUACCAAUUACACGGUGCUCAUUGCUGGGAGGACAGGGAAGGGCGUGGGUGCCUCAACCACUGUCUACAUCUACAUCCGGGCAACCCUGGAACCCGAACUGCACAGAAAUACUGAGUCAGUGGCAGUGAUCAGCGUGGUGUCCUUCCUGGUGAUAGUAACCUGUGUUGUAGCAGUCUUGCUCUGCCUCAGGAUCCUGCGCCUCAGAAACAACUCUCCGUCAGUGUUUCAGGAUGACGGGACAAGCGAGGGCAUGGAUCCUUUGCGGGACGGUCUCAACCACCACAGGAUGCUGGACAUCUUGGACGACAUUGACGAUGUUGAUGACGGCUCCAAGAGGUUGCUGCAGACCGUGUCCACAACACAAGCGGUAUUUUCCAAGAAUAUGAAAGAAUUCAACCUAAGGUCUAUGUAUAACUCCUCUCAGGUUGACCACCACUCCUCACCUGAUGGCGCUGGGGUGGCCCCAGCAGUUUCCUCCUAGAAUUGCAUUCACGGGUGAAGGCACGGGUUUAGAGAGUACGAGUUGGGGGUUUGAGGAACCCCAUCCAAGUAAGAAAUAAAUGUAUAUUGGGAGGGAGUUUAACUUGUGGCAUGAGAUUAAGAUUAAUACUUAACUUUGGUCAGAAUUUACUUGUUGAUACUAAUACGAGACAGGUUCUGGACCUGGCCAUCCCGAUGCCACACCAAGUAUUGCCCACCAUCAUGUGUCCGCACUUCGUGUGAUGAAAGUAAUCCACUGAAAUGAAUUUUGUCAACUGACAAAAUGAUAUGGGACUGAAUUUUGUAUAUAUAUAUAUAUAUAUAUAUAUAUAUAUAUAUAUAUAUAUAUAUAUAUAUAUAUAUAUAUAUAUAUAUAUAUAUAUAUAUAUAUAUAUAUAUAUAUAUAUAUAUAUAUAUAUAUAUAUAUAUAUAUAUAUAUAUACACACACACACACACACACACACACACACACACACACACACACACACACACACACACAUAUACACACACAUAUACACACACAUACACACACACAUACACACACACACACACACACACACACACACACACACACACACAUGGGUUACACUUGUAUCACGCAAGCACUUGCUCUCCAUCAUGCUAUGCACCGAUCCAAAGCCAGUCUCAACAAGCCUUAUAGGUGAAAUAGACGACUUUUCAAACCAGUAAGCCAGUUAUCACGCCAGGUAUGGCCACUAUCUUGGUUUAGAACACUUCCUGAAGGGCUACCAGCCCCUGCUAGGCGUUACGCUGCAAGCAGAGCCAAAAACUCUUAUUCCAAGCAUACAUACAUCAGUGAUAGUUUUAUAUCACCUACGGAAAGCAAGUCCCGAGUCGCCUCUGCUACUUUUCAAUACACACAUUCUCCACAGGUCGAAACUGGAGACUUGUACAGGAUGACCCAAAUACGUAGAAUAGCAUAAGAAAAUAUAUUAGUUAUUGGUUAUACUGUAACACGGACUAGUCUGAGCUCCCUUGCUACCAUUAUUUCCUCGACUCCCUUAUUAAAGAGAAUGGGGACUUAUUUUUCAGCACCACGUUUUGGGUUACAUUUAGAAGGCUUCAUCACCUCAUGUAGAUAAGCUGAUUUAUAGCAUUGAUUUAUAGAUAUACCGAAGUUUGACAGCCGAUGGGUUGGCGAUGGGCAUGGAUUGUUUCCCCGAGAGCAGUGUGUUCGUCCAACUAUGAAUAGUUUCCCCAAAAAUUAUCCUUGGCUAUGUAAAGUGAGUAGUAGUAGGUGCGUGGGUGUAGGACGUGAUAGUUUCUCUUCCUUUGCAUCCUUAUGGAAUUUAUUUUGUUUUCCAUAGAAUAUUUUUUAUACAUUAUGGGAAGGGAGAAAAAAAAAAAUAUUUCCUGCAAAACCUAAACUAUCACUUCCUCGUAUCUCCAUUACAGAUGUCCCCGCGCCAGUCUGACCCAGAGGCACACCGUCUUGUAUCAUAGUGUUUUCAUACCGUACAGUACUUCUUUCUAGGCUUAAGUUCAGUUUCACUUAUUCAUCAUAGGUCGAAUUCGUAACUUUUUCCACAUAGUUGUGCUGAGUUUGGCGUCUCUGAGCAGCGUCCACGACGAGCCAUGGUCUUGUGGUGGUGAGGUCCCAACACUUGGUGGGAGGCAAGAGUUCUGACCUGGACGAAUUCAAGGAUGUUUUCAGGGUGACUUAAAGAUGUUCCAUGUUUCAAAUCUCACAGAAAUGCCUCAUACCGUAGUUAGAAUUUAUUGACAUGUAGCCUCAUAGUAUAAAUAUAUAAAAUGUCUCAGGAAAGCCAGGUUAAGAAGGAUAAUUACCUGGCGUAAGGGAUGACUUGUUCACCUGUAUUUCGUUAUAUAUGCUGGAAAAAUACUUGUUACUAUUAAAUCAAAGAAAAUGAUGCAUCUUAAAACGACGGACAUUCGACCAGCGCAGCCUCUCACAAGUUACUGCCAAGCACCAUUCUCUUACAACCAUUCCUAAACCAAUAAAUUGCAUUUCUUUUCCUGUAUCCAAGAAGAAAAUAUGCACCUUGUUGCUGAACAUUUUCCGCUGUAUCCACACUUUGAAGACUUUCCUAACUGAACAUCUGACUUCACAUUCUGAGGGUUCUCUGCUCCUCGUGUAGGGACGUCUUCCCAGGAGUCGAGAAUGACCCAAGUGGCCGUAGUACAUAUAAUAUUAUCUUAUGCGAGAACUGGUUCCCGUGUGGCGGCAAACCAACCACCACUGGAGGGUAUCCAUGUUCAACUAAUAAAUGACAGUUCCCCCCCCCAAAAAAAAAGUGACCACCAUACACAGCAAGUUCAAAUAAUGCCAUUUUUAAAAUACAGGCUCAACAUAUUUAUGCCUCUUGGCAUGUACAAGUUCAUACCACUUUAUAACCACUUUAUAAUGACAUUUGAUAGUUCCAUCCUGAUGUAUGGCUCUUGUGUACCAUUAAAUACUUAAGAUUUUUCUUUAUUACUUAGAUUUCAGAAUGACUACAUUUUCCUUCAAGCAUGUACUCCAUUUUUCUUUUCCCAAUAUAGCUGUGUAUAAUAUAUGGUCUAGUGGAGAGGAAUGAAACUUAUGUCUAAAGUGUAUUACAUUAUCUCGUAUAGGGUUCAGAAUAAAGCAUGUAUGAAAAUGAGAUUCGGUAAACUCGGAUCACACUUCCUGUGAAACUGAAUUAACUGAAUGAAUUGCUUCUGUAGUAUAAGUGUGUAAAACUGUGCGUCCCAUGAAUGAGUGGGAGGGAACACAGCUGAAUGGGAUGAAGAGUGUGAGAACUCAGCUAAGGUUAAAACUGUGAUUAUUUCGCCUUUGUAAUGUAGAUGAUGAGAAAAAAAGGUCAUGUACUUGUAUAUUUGAGAAGCUGUUAAUCAUGUCAUGCAGUUCUAUAUUUGAAAAGCUGCCAAUCAUAAUUUGCAGGAGAAUGUAUUCUGAAUCCUUCAGUGUAAAGUGCUGCCGUCAGUUACUGUGUAAUGAUAGGGAUGAACUGUAUUUCCCCCUGCUUGGAAUUACAUGAGCAGGUUGGCUCGAGAGUGAGCGAGCCGAGUGAAAAAUGUGUUACUACUAUGGCUUUUCGUUAGAGCCGCCAGUGUUUUACGUGUUUCUUAAUGUUGUAAGCAAUUUCUUUCCUUCGGUAUAUUAAAAAAAGGUCUAUGUCAAGGCAGAAGUGGUCAGACCGGUAGUGUGAGGGAGUAGGGCAUGGCCGAGGAACACUGUGAACUCUUCAGCCUGUACUCGUACGUAAGAAGUGAAGCAGUGUCGUGUGGCGAGAUCCGCGAUGAAGCUCCAGCUAGUGCUACCCUCCCUCCUACAGAAUGGCCAGGUAUUGGUCAUAUGGUACCUACCUCACCGUGGGAAGGCACCAGACCUCACCUGCCGUGAUCUCCCCUCAUUUUUCCCUCCAGGUGUGUCAUGUAUCUUGACAAGACCCACCAGCAAGCCUCUCCUGCCUUCAGCGUCCAGUGAGGCUCCACCGCGCGCCAGUCCAUCAGAGUAGCUCAACGUAGUGAUCCGUGUGUGCCUUAAACCGGUCUAACUUCAGCGUGAGGAACUCAGUUGGUCGCGUAGUUCACUUUGUUAGAAAAGUUAUCUUGAUGCUUCAUAAACCAAACCUUCCCUACAUCUUCCGCACCCAUUGCCCCUCGUGGUUCUACACCCCGUUGUUAACGAAUAAGUGCUUGAAGGUCAUUUCGCCGUUCAGCAAAUUAACAGUUCCCUUGUCAAAUGCCAAAUCCGAAUCAUUGUAACAUGAGACGCCAUGAGAGCUAUCUCGUCUCUCUCUGAGUGAUGCAAUCAAGACAGUCAUUCGCUGGUUCAUUUAUCCCGGUGGCCGGGGUUAUAGUCUGCAGCAGUUGUUUGCCUAAGUGACUGAGUCGAAUAGUAAAUGUAUGCACGUUUAUUUACAAGAUGACAAACUUUGGGUUCAUAUACAUCAUAAUAUAUAAAGAGUUUGAGAGUAUUAUUCAAAGUGGAUUAAGAAAUAUCAUUAAAAGUAACGAAAUUUGUCUACUUUUCAAGGUGAUCUGGUAUUUCCUUCUUGCAAUUACCUGGAAAAUGUAGGGGUAACAGAAAUGUCCUGCUCUCGUCCACAUCUCCCUGGCACCCCUGCCUUGGCAUCAGCCACUCAGUACCUGGUGGAGGCCGCUGCCCCUCACUCACUCCUUGCCUCCUUUGGAUUCCUCGUGUAUUUAAGAAUUCUUGAAACUAACGUGACGCUCUGUUUUCAAGGAACAUUGUCUUUUUCACGGUAUAACCUCAGUGGACCGAGUUUAUUUAUACCAUGUAUCUAUACUACCAAUGUUUCUCUCUCUCUCUCUCUCUCUCUCUCUCUCUCUCUCUCUCUCUCUCUCUCUCUCUCUCUCUCUCUCUCUCUCUCUCUCUCUCUCUCUCUCUCUCUCUCUCUCUCUCUCUCUCUCUCUCUCUCUCUCUUCCUCUGCAUAUAUAUAUAUAUAUAUAUAUAUAUAUAUAUAUAUAUAUAUAUAUAUAUAUAUAUAUAUAUAUAUAUAUAUAUAUAUAUAUAUAUAUAUAUAUAUAUAUAUAUAUAUAUAUAUAUAUAUAUAUAAAUUUUUAUCGUGACAGGUUCCAUUUGUUUGUAAGAUGUUUACUACUGUAAUUCAAUGAAAGAUGAACCACGUGCUUCAUACGGAGACGAAACUAAAAGCCAAACUAAACAAGCUUUGCUCCAGGUGCCUCGGACAGAUGUUACAGUAUGUAACAAUUUCAUCCUUUAGCGUUUUUUGUUGUCUUGUAACUGUUACUAUACCUCACAGUGUAGCCCUAAGAAAUUUGUACAGUUAACAUCAAGCAUUAACAAAUUUAUUCCCGGACAUUCCAUGGGAGAAGUGGUACUGGUGGGCGAGGCAAGCCAAAGUAGUGCGUCUCCCCGCCCCGUCCCCCCCAAGCCAUGGAUCAAAUACAUUCGAGAUAAAACAA